AUGCCCACUCAUAUCGACAUUGACUACGACACCGAAAAGUCGUCCGGGACUUUCGGUCAUCCAUAUAAACCAUAUGAUAUUCAGAUUCAAUUUAUGAAAGAACUUUAUGAGGUGCUCCAGAACAAAAAACUAACGCCUGUAGGAACCGGAAAAACUUUAUCACUAAUUUGUGGGUCCGUUUCAUGGCUACGAGACAUUCGACGCAAGCAGUUUGAAACCACGGGUGAGGAUGAAGAAGAUGAGGCUGCUAAAAAGCUUCCCGCAUGGGUCCGGGAACAAAGUAAGCAAAUAAAGCAAAACGCCAUUGUUGAGCAACUAAAAGAUCUAGAGGUCGCUUUAAAAGAAGCUAUAUCUUUUGAAGAAAAUGAGCUAAGAGAAGCUCAGUCGUUAAAACGUAAACGAAUACCCCCAAAUUACAUUACGAAACGCCAAAAACCCGCUACGGAUGAUCUUGACUCGGACUUUUAUGUCCUCCAAGAUCAAGAAGAAUCAUUGGAUGACGAGUUUCUCACACAACAAGAAAAGGAGCUUCAAGCAAUGAAGGCUCGCACAAAUGCCCUUCUCCAAGCCCUUGAAGAAGGUCCGUCUACUAAAGACGAUCAACCAGUAUUUGGCAAGGACCAACCUAAAAUCUUCUUUGCCUCCCGAACCCAUUCACAGCUCUCCCAGUUUGUAGGACAGCUUCGUUUACCCACAUUUAAACCAUCUGUACCAGAAUUCAUGCCUGACGAGCCCAUCAAGGAAAUUUCCCUUGCGUCGCGUCGCCAGUUGUGUAUCCACCCCACCGUGUCAAAGUACAAAUCCACCCAAAAAAUGAAUGAUGCAUGCCUUGACAUGCAAAAGGAAAGUUGCGGCUGUGAAUACAUGGUAAACACACGCGAUAUCAAGUCUCGGGUCCGGUAUCGCGAGUUUCGCAAUGCUGCUUUGGCGAAAAUCAGAGACAUUGAAGAUCUCGCGCAACUCGGCAAAACAAAACGCGUUUGUCCGUACUAUGCAACCCGCGAAAUUGCAAAUAAUGGAUGGGCUGAAAUUAUUGCUCUUCCAUACCAGCUAUUGCUUCAAAAGGAAGCUCGUGAUGCCCUUGGGAUUAACCUGACCAAUUCCGUUGUUGUCAUUGACGAAGCACACAAUCUGCUCGACACGAUUUCAUCUCUGUACUCCUUAGAGCUGACUUACUCGCAAAUUUCGCGCGCGCUCACAGGUCUCCAAACGUAUCAAAAAAAAUUUCAAUCAAGACUAUCAGGAACAAACCGCAUUUGGCUUGCAAAGUUAAUCAAGACGGUAAAAUCUAUUGCACAGUUUCUCAAAAAGGCACAGAAAAAACCACCACAAGAGACUGGACCAGGCAAAAAUAUUCCAGCUUCUAGCUUUUUUGAAAAUUAUGAUGGCGCUGUCGAUACCAUUAAUGUACACGAUCUCGAGCAGUUUGUCAAAAAAACCAAGCUGGUCUUUAAAAUUGAAAGUUAUCUAGACAAAUUGGAAAGCCAGGAACAGCAGCAGCACCACCAUUUAGUCCUAGGGAAAGUUAUUUCUUUUCUUUUAGCAAUCGGAAACCCAUCGUGGGAGGGAAAAUUUUUUUAUGGUCGCAACGCAAAUAAAGAACUCCAAAUUCAGUACAUUUUGCUCGACUCCAGUGUUAAGUUUAAGGAAAUAGUUGACGAGUGUCGUUGUGUUAUUCUGGCGGGUGGCACUAUGAAACCAACUGAAGAUUAUCUUACAUAUCUAUUUCCUUAUCUACCUAAGGAUCAGAUUUCAAUCUUUAGCUGCGACCAUAUCAUCCCAGACAGAAACCUAACCGUCUUACCUAUUGGCCGACGGUCAGGUGUCAAGUUUAAUUUCACUUUUGCUGAACGCAACAGCAAGUCGAUGAUUGAACAAUUGGGGUUGACUCUUAUUGACAUUUGCAAGACAGUUCCUGACGGUGUUGUUGUAUUCUUGCCAAGUUAUGUGUAUAUGAGCUCUGUCAUAAAAAUAUGGGAGUCAUCGACAACAAACAACCGCACAAUUCUCAGUGCACUCAAAGCAAUCAAGUCGGUUUUUUGGGAGCCUCAGAACAGUGGCACAGACUCGUCUUACACAACUUCUUUAGAAACUGCUGGUGCCACCACCAAGAUUCUUGAUGAGUACACAAAAAAGAUUGAAGAUGCAACUGGCCGUGGUGCUAUGUUGUUUGCAGUUGUCGGGGGGAAAAUGUCGGAGGGUAUCAAUUUUUCUGACCGAUUGGCACGAGCUGUAGUUAUGGUCGGACUGCCGUUCCCGCAUGCAUUCAGUGCGGAGAUGGUUGCAAAGCGCGAGUACGUUGAGCAAACCACAAUCAAACAGAGACAACAGACUAAAAAUGACAACAACGUAGGUAAGACUCUACCUUCUUUGUCGUCAUUGCAACAACUAGGCAAAGCAAAGGCUCGCGAGUUUUACGAAAACGUCUGUAUGCGCGCUGUCAAUCAGUGUGUGGGCAGAGCAAUCCGCCAUGCUGGAGAUUAUGCUGCUGUGAUUUUACUUGACGACAGAUAUGGCACACUCCACAUUCAAGGGAAGCUGUCACAAUGGGUCCAGAAACGAAUUGUAAGCGUUCAAAAUGGUGGGUCGUUGGACAACUCGGAUGCGCUGAAUAAGCUCUCCGCGUUUUUCCAGCGGUGA